AUGGCCCGUCAACAGCGACCCCCCUACGGGCCGUUCCGUGGGCUGGCGGUUUGGCUGCUGGUGGUCCAACUCCAUGUGUCCAUGGUCCUUUCCAAGCCUACUCCAGCCCAGCACGCAACUUCGUCUAUCCUAGACGAUGCCAACCGAACGGUACCAGACUAUAUAACGCGUUAUGCGCCGCUUGUCUGGUUACAUUCAGAGGACCCCUUCCGACCAUCAGACAUCCUUGAGCAUGUUCGACGUACGGCACCGACGGUCAACGAAAGGCCUGUACCUGGUUUGCCGGCUCUCGACCUGGAUAACCUAGAUCUACUCAACGAUGUUGAUGUAGAUACCAACCAAGUCGUCGCGCUGACAUCCAAUGACGAUGUCACCACUCUCCCUUCAUGGCUCUAUGGAGAAACCCCGGACGAGAAGGGCAGAAUCUUCAAUGCGACUGCCUGUGCUGUCAUUAUCGUGGAACAGAGUCCCCGUGAUGUCGAUGCCUUCUUCUUCUACUUCUAUUCAUACGACCGAGGGGCAAAUAUCUCACAAGUGCUGGAGCCCCUGAACAGCUUUGCAAUGGGUAUGGCUGACGGGAUGCACUAUGGGUGCCACGUUGGCGACUGGGAGCACAACAUGGUUCGUUUCCGUGAUGGAAAGCCCACGGGCAUCUACUAUAGCCAACAUUCAAGCGGCGCUGCCUAUGAAUGGAAUGACACGCGCCUUUCAUUGGAGGAUGAGCGGCCCCUCGUCUACAGCGCAUACGGCUCUCACGCGAAUUUCGUAUCUGAGGGGGACCACGUUCAUGACAGUGUCUUGUUGGACUACUGCGAUGCCGGCCAGCUCUGGGACCCCGUUUCGUCGGCAUACUUCUAUCACAUGGACCCUACCAGUUUCAAGCUGACUCGCCUGUUCACCCCCGAAUCCACUUCGCCUCGCGACUCCAAUCUUACCUCCUUCUUCUACUUCAGUGGUAUCUGGGGCGACACGCAAUAUGCUGGUGACGACCCUCGCCAGAGGACUGUACCCGUUUUUGGCUUGAAGCGUUACGUCUCGGGUCCACAAGGUCCGAUCUUCAAGGGACUCGUCCGAAAAGGACUAUUCCCCGACAACCCCGAGCCCAAGAAGUUUAUACAGUUGGCUGUUGGAUUCUUGAUGUCGUGGUAUCCGUGUUGUCUACGUGGAUGGAGGUUCGUGGCAUCUUUGACGGUGAUGGUUGCGUGCAUCACACUAAUGGUGAUGGGGAUAAGGUAUGGCGUGAGGCGGUAUAGGAUGAGGAAGGGAUACAAGAGGAUAGAUGCUGAGAUACCGCUGGAAGAUCUGGAUUCGAGAGAGGACAUGGUAUCUAAUUACAGCGAUGACGGUCGAAAAUGA